CAGCCGAGACACGUGUCAGCCGCGGGGAGCUGGGAAUUGUUACAUUAACUCUCAUUGCGCGAAUUCGAUCCCUCCUUAGCUACUUUGUACAUUCGCGUUACUUAUUGGGAAACAGCCCUGGGCGGAAACAAUCCCAGUUUAAAGGCACAGACACCUCAUUAUUCUCAUUGGCAGAUGCCUUCCUGUAGUAGUUUAUAAAAACAUGGAGCCUGCAAUCAAGUUAAUGCCUGGUGUCUCUAAGUGGGACGUUCGCCAGAAAGUUUGGGAUUAUAUGGAAGAAAACAAUUUGGCAAACUUCCCAAGACCAGUUCAUUGCAGAAUUCCAAAUUUCAAGGGGGCUGCCCAGGCUGCAGAAAAUUUGCCAAAUCUGCAAGAGUUCAAAAACGCAAGGAUUAUCAAAGUAAAUCCCGACAAGCCACAGGAAAAUGUCCGUUUGCUCACGCUGGAAGCCAGAAAAAUAUUGUUGGUUCCAACUCCUCGGCUGAGAACUGGACUGUUCAACAAAAUUGUCCCACCUCCCGGGGCCUCAAAGGAAGUACUACGAGUGUGUUCUACCGCUCAGGGAGUGAAGGAUUUCAGUGUGCCUGUGGGACUUGAUGCAAAGGUUCACGUGGACCUGGUUGUGGUGGGUUCUGUGGCUGUAUCAGACAAAGGCUGGAGAAUUGGAAAAGGCGAGGGCUUUGCUGAUCUGGAGUACGCAAUGAUGGUAUCGAUGGGAGCCGUUGAUGAGAACACAGUUGUUGUCACUACAGUGCAUGAUUGUCAGGCAGAGAUCCAAGCUCUUCUUGCUCAGAAAGGAAUAGGAGUUUUGAACAGCUGCUCCUACUUGGCAGAACCUACCCAGUUGAACGCAGAUUGCACCUUCUUCUUGAGCAAGUCGGCCCAUUCAGGAGAAAUCGGGCCAGGUUCAGGAGAAGAAAGAUAUGGCCAAAGCCCAAGAGGCCCUGGACAGAUCACAAGAAGAAGAGCAGAACAGGAGUUGCUUGACAUCCCAGAAGAGCUAAUGGACGACCACGAUCUAACUGUAGAUUACAUCCUUACACCUACUCAAGUGAUCAAAACAGACUGCAAACGCUCCAAACCUCAAGGAAUUAUAUGGUCAAAGGUGGAUUCAGAGAUGAUGGAAAAAAUUCCAAUCCUUAAAAGCCUUCAGUUCAGGGAAAGAAAAGCGGGAAAGGACGUUACAUUGAGGGACGAAAGGCUUAUGGAGAAAAAGGAACUGCAGAGGCUGUUGGUCGUAAGAAAGCCAUCAGGGAAAGGCGGAAACACAGCCAAGAUUAAAACUAAUCCAAUUGAAGUGACCAGAAAUAGUGAAGCCAGUGAAGAGCAAAUGGAAUCCGGCUGUAAAAUGCAGCUUAAUGCUCCAAGCAGAGUUACUGCUGUUUAUAUGGGUAACAUACCUCAUAGUCUGAGAGUCAGUGAGUUGAAGAUUAUCUUGAGAGAUCACAAUGCACUUCCAUUGCGUCUGAAUUGGCAGGGUGCCCAGCACAGGGCUUUUCUUGAUUAUAAGGAUGAGGUAACUGCAGAAGAAGCUGUAACUUCCCUAGCUGGGCUAAGUAUAAGUGGGAGUAUGAUUAGAGUUGAACUUGCCAGGAGCCAGAGAGGCAACAGAUCAAGAAGUCAAACCACUGAAGAAACGAGCAAACAACUGCUAGUCUAAUCACUUACCAAAAAUAUCAGCAUCAAACUUCACAUAUCUAAAGUGUUUUAAAAGUGAUUGUAUUGAGAUGUGUAAAAUGCAAGGGAGUCAAAGAACACACAUGCAUUUCAUGAACAGUCAAUGGAAUUAGAAAUGUUGUCUUGCCUGAGCAUUCAAAGAUCAAUUCCGAUGUGAUGCAGAUGUUAUCUGCUGGAUACUGUGGGACUCUGUCACAGCAUGUGGUGUCUGACAUAACAUGAUUGCCUCUAUAAUAUAGAAACCAUAUAAAACAUUGCAACUGACUUUGUAUGUAUUCCCUAUUCAGCUUUAUAGAAAGCAUCAAGUGAACACAAACUUGUGCUCACAGUUUGAUUGACACAUAUGUGAACAUAAAAUCAUCAAUUUA